UUAAUGACACAAAUAUAUGAGAAAACCACUCUAUGGAAAUGGAAUCCUUUGCAAGUUUGCAGAAUCAAUGAGCCUGGCAGAAUGAACAGCCCACAGGAGAAGCCAAGAAGGCAACAUGCCUCGAUAUCGCCGAGGCGCUGUAAUAUCUUCAUUGAGUUCUUAAGAAUGUUGAGAUUCCCUCCAUGUUCGUGCAGGCCUCACUCUGCAUCUCCUAACUUUAUUUAUUCCAUCUCCUUAACCAACACAACUCUCUGCAUUUUAUACAAUUUUAUAUGCUGAGGUAAACUCUUUACUUCCUUUGCCUGUCCUUGAUGAAUCAAAUGAUUAGUAAAAUGUCUCCAAUCAUUGAACCAGCCUUCACAGACAGGCCACAUAACUGUAAUGUUGGAUAAGUCACUGUCCUUGUCUACCAACUAGCAGUUGAAAUUUUCUAAUCUUGUUUUAAUCUUCACCAUACACUUGAGCCUCCAAUUUUUUAAUUUUAGCAAAUAAUGUGUGUCCUGCAACAUUUCUGAAUUCUGGUUUCUGAACAGUAUAUAAGCACCUGAACAGUUGUGCCAUUGUCAUCAUCCAGCAAGCACCUCAACAGUCAAGCCACACUCCUAAAGACAUCAUAUAUUCAUAUCUCAGUUGUCUACCUCCAAGUCCUGAAUUCACAUCAGAAUGGAGGGUGGAGGACUGAUCGCCGAUAUGAGCUGGACCGUCUUCGACUUGCCAUCGCACAGCGAUGAGUCGGAGAUGAUGGCGCAGCUCUUCAGUGCAUUCCCCAUCCAUGGUGAGGAGGAAGGCCAUGAGCAGCUCCCAUGGUUUGAUCAAUCUUCCAAUCCAUGCUACUAUAGCUGCAAUGCUAGCAGCACUGCAUACAGCAACAGCAAUGCUAGUAGCAUUCCUGCUCCAUCUGAGUAUGAAGGAUACUGCUUCAGUGACUCAAAUGAGGCCCUGGGUGUCAGCUCCAGCAUUGCACCACAUGACCUGAGCAUGGUCCAGGUGCAAGGUGCAACUGAGUUUCUGAAUGUGAUCCCAAACCAUUCCCUUGAUUCAUUCGGUAAUGGCGAGCUGGGCCACGAGGAUCUUGAUUCGGUUAGUGGGACUAACAAGAGAAAACAGUCGGCAGAAGGAGAAUUUGAUGGCCAAACAAGAGGUUCAAAAUGCGCGAGAAAGGCUGAACCGAAGCGAGCGAAGAAGGCCAAGCAAACUGUGGAGAAGGAUGCAAGUGUUGCCAUCCCAAAUGGGAGCUGUUCCAUUUCUGACAAUGAUUCCAGUUCAUCCCAGGAGGUUGCAGAUGCUGGUGCUACUUCGAAAGGCAAAUCCCGGGCUGGCCGCGGAGCAGCCACUGAUCCCCAGAGCCUCUAUGCAAGGAAAAGGAGAGAGAGGAUCAAUGAGAGGCUCAAGACACUUCAGAACCUUGUGCCCAAUGGCACCAAAGUUGAUAUCAGCACCAUGCUUGAGGAGGCAGUCCACUAUGUGAAGUUCCUGCAGCUUCAGAUCAAGCUCCUCAGCUCCGAUGAAAUGUGGAUGUAUGCGCCAAUUGCGUACAACGGGAUGAACAUUGGGCUCGAUCUGAACAUUGAUACAUGAUUCAGAAGUCUCAGCUCACAACUGGACAAUGCAGUUCAUGUUAAUCACAACGAGUUCAUACUAACCAUGCAAUGAAUUCAACACAAAUUAGCCAUUCUGGAAUUACUUAUAUAGUUCCAGUUCGUCAUCAGUUACUGAAGGAUCAUAGGUAACACCGGUAUCAAACUGGAACUGGUCCUGAAACUUGUGAAGAACUGAAGACGAGCAAGGCUAAUUGUGCACUACUACACUUGCAUCAUGGGACGGUUCAAUUUGCCCCCAAAUUUGCAUGUGACAAUUUUUUUGUUGUCUUCAUGAAAGACAUAUACUUUUGAAGAGAAUUUGUAAAAUUAAGAUACUAUAUGUUUGCUGUGAAUUUUGUAAGCAAUGCAAAAUCUAGUCGCUUUUGAUUCUUUUUGGAAGCAAAUUUUUAAGUCCCAUUGUCUCAAUAUCUCAUUUCCAGUUUCCACCUCGAAGCAUGAUC